AUGUCGAUCUUCUCCGACAUGGUGGGGGGCAUUAUUGAGGUGUUCAUGGAUGAUUUCUCUAUCGUGGGCAACUCCUUUGAUCAUUGUUUAGACCAUUUAAACAAAGUACUUAAACGAUGCAAAGACUGCAAUUUGGUACCAAAUUGGGAGAAGUGCCAUGUCAUGGUCAAAGAAGGUAUUGUGUGGGGUCAUGGGAUCUCGAGCAAGGGUAUUGAGUUUGAUAAGGCAAAAGUCGAGGUGAUCGAAAUACUUACACCACCCAUCUCCAUAAAGGGUGUUAGAACAUUUGAAGAGUUGAAAAAGAAGUUGGUCUUCGCCACUAUCAUUAUUGAUCCAAAUUUAGGAGAGUCGUUCGAUGUUAGGUGUGAUUCUAGUGGGGUGGCACUUCAACUAGUACUGGGGCAAAGGUAUGAAAAGAUCCUUAACGCCAUUUACUAUGCUAGCAAAGCCCUAACUGCAACAAAAAAAUUACAUGGUUACAGAGCAAGAGCUUCUUGUAGUGGCGUUUGCUUUUGA